UUUGUGGACGGUUCUUCAUCUGUGAACCCUCCUAUCUCUGGCUUUCAACAUCUUGUUUAUAGGUGUGACCACACAGCCAUUUGAAAGACAACAGAAGGACCGGCCCUCAACCUCUCUCUCUCAUUUCUUCCUUUGCCAGAAACCAACAUAAAGAUGUUUGAUAUUUGUAUUGUGGGUUCGUUUUUUGGAUCUGCAGAAGGACAGCAAGACUGUGUUUCCUGUUACCUGAUAAAUAUAGCGUCUGUAUUGGGCAUUAUUGCCUCUGAUAUCAUCUUGACCGUCUUCAUCACCAUUUCUGUGUUCUGCUUUGCGACUCGCCACAAGAGAAGGAGGGAAUGGGAUGCUCAUGAUGGUAAAAGAAAUCUGCCAUCAUCAGCAUCAAAGAAAAUGGCAACAGAAGUCACAGAAUCUCCUUACCAGGAGUUACAUGGAGUCCAAUCAGAUGUGUACAGUGAUCUUCGGCAUUUUAGGAAAUGAAACACUGGAACUAUAAAAAUACGAACAAUGCCUUGUCUGCAAGCUAUAAUACCGCACACAUCUGUUGUGUGUGUGAGCCACUUCCCACUGCAUUAUAGGUAAUAACAUACAUGUCUUUUGCAUGUUGUAUUAAGUACUGUGUUGUGUUAAAUGUGAUGUUCACUGCAAAACAUUCUUGUUUUUUCUCAAGCUGUCUUCAAAUAUGUUUUUUCUAUUUAAGUGAUUAUAAAUUAAACUACAUUUUAAAAUCAAGGAAAUUAAAAAGAUGCAUUUUUUUUUUGUAUUUAUAUUUCAGGAGAUUACUUAAACACUUUCACAUUACAGUGAACAUACAAAGGCUUCACAUAUUGAGAUAAAAGUAAAAAUGUCAGACUCUCGAAGAUUCUGUUCUCAGUGAUCAGAAUAGGUGUGCUUGUUUCAUUUUCUGACAUCUUUGAUACUACGAUCUAUAGCAGCUUUAACCAGAUUCCAGGAGUAAGUCAAGCACAGAAUUGUCAGAACCUCUUUAUUUCUUAUAUUUGUUCACAUGGUCACAACACAAAAUGCACGUCAAAAUCUAAAUUUAGAUGAAAAAGUCCCAGAAGCAAUUGUAUUUGGAAGCAGCCAGUCUGCCUCGUAUGACUCAACAGAUGGCGGCCCCUGACUCAUUAUGAGGAAGAAAUAGAAUCUG